UUCCAACACCGCGUUUUGCAUUAGAAAACAGCUGUUCGGGCAAAUAGUUUUUUUGUAAAAAGUUGAGGAAAAACUACAACAAACGUAGUUUUAGUGUACCAUGAACUGGGCUGCGGGCUCUGCGUAGUCCGUACGCCCCUCGGAACCGCGAAUCGAGAUGAAUCUGCGCCCGCGCUGCCGCAAGUGGCUGCCAUUGGCCACCCAGCAGCUUCGACUGCGGAACCUGGCGCGAAUUCAGGGCUUCAACAUUGAGUCCGGGCCGCAGGAAAGGUCGUUGGAACAGGUGGAGCCAGAAGAUGUGCUCCUCUACUACACUCUGCACACGGACAGGGACAGCGAGCCAUUCUACACCAGCGAAAAGCUACCGCAGCGUCACCAGCAGCAAAAGUGGGCGGAGAUCUGUACGGAUGACGAGGCCUGGCGGAAAACCAAUGCGCAGUGUGUCUGCGUUAAGGUGUGGAAACACUUUGCGGCGGAGAGGAGAGACGGCCAACCGGCUGAGACUGACUACAAAAAUAAAAAGAUAUGCGGAAGAUCCCAGCUAACGCCCAGCAGGCUGCCACGCCCACCCGAACUGCUCCUUACCUGGGGCGUCUACUUCUCCGGCCUUGUACCCCUGUCACCUCUCACACUGGCCCAGUGCGGCCAGAAUUGUCUGGUUUUCCAGUUAAAUGGCGAGCAGUUUGCUUCUCCGUCGAUGAUAAGCGAGCAGGGCUUGCAGUCGCAGCUGAUAUUGCACUACCAAAACUAUGCUGCGGAUGAGGAAUGGGAAGAACCGCGGGAUGAGGGCAUCAACUCCCCGGCCGUUAGCCGCAGCUCCAGUCCCGUGCUUCGGAUGAGCACCAUGCGGCACGCCCAGCUGAAGUGCCGGCAGCAGGAGAUCCGUCGCAGCAAUAACCUGGACAAGCUGCUCAUGCUGCAACAUCUGCAGCGUUUGCAGCAGCAGAAACAGCGUCAAAUGGCAGAGAUCUGCCGGGAGAUCGCACGUCUUAGUGUGCACUGUGUGACCAGGAACGAACUGCGCCUGAAGCCCCGCACCACAUCCCUGUCAGGCGACCACCCAGCCCACCAUCACCAUUCCAUGGGCCGCGCCCUGAGCGUGUUGCUCGCCGAGCAGCAGCAAAUCGCGCCCCUCACGCUCUACAAUGCCCAGCAGCUAACCAAAAGGAUCGAAGCGUUAAGGAGCCAGCAACGGCUGCUCCAAGCGGAACGGGAGACUUUUCGACAGCGCAACGUGCGGGCCCGUCAACGACUGGGAGAGAUGCGUGAACAACGUGAGGCACUCCAGGAGCAGCUCCACCGUCAACGGCAUCGGCUGGAGCAGGAACGCCUAGAACUGCGCACUCUGGCACCUCAACGUCUGGCGCAGCGCGACCAAAAAAGACAGAUAGUUAGACAGGUGGAGCGUCGAAUGUCUACUCUGGUGCUGGAGCUACAGGAGAUCUACAACAUCAAGAACGUUGGCGAACAGCAGCUAAGCAUCUGCGGCAUCGCCUUUCCCCACAUGGAGCAAUAUACGAGCGACUCCCGCCAGGCGACGAACGCGCAGUUGCUGGAAAACGUCUCGCCGCUGGCGGUGAGUGCGGCUCUGGGCUAUGUGGCCCAUUUGGUGCAGAUGCUAGCCAUUAUCAUGGAUCGGCCGCUGAGGAACCGAAUUCUUUACGAGCCAUCGCGGGCAAGGAUUGUGGACGAUAUCAAGGAGUUGACCUACACCACCCGGGAAUUCCCCCUGUAUACGCGCUCCAUUUUGCCAUCGCAGCAGACCAAGUAUGCCAUCUAUUUGCUGCGGCAGAACGUUUCCCAGUUGUGCUUCGAAAUCACCGGUCACUGCGAUCUACGCAAUACCAUUGGAAAUCUACCGGAGCUGUUCAAAACCCUUCGCUACAUCGAACGAACGCAGAGAGAUGAUGUCGACGAGCGGGACGGACAUAAAGACGAUGUAAGUGGUGGAGGAGCACGCCUGGCCAACGGGCUGACUGCACCGCACCUCUCGCAAUCACACUCGUCGGUGGACAUAAACCACGUGCCACUGCCGACAAGCGCCAAUGCGGUCAAGGAUGCGUUCCUCCAGCAACUGCUGCCCCCGGGCGUGAGUCAGGCCCUGGCCAUCGAGGGCUAUGCGUCAACACAGCGCAUUUGUCGUUCAGUGGGCUCCUAUUCGGAUGGUGAGGACGAUUUUCGGCCACGACUGGAGCACAAUUAUUCAAAUUCGGACUCCAACAUAACGCUGCAGACGGAGCGUAGCUGAGGAAGUGCAGUUUACCCAAAUAUCUUAUAUCCAAGAAAUCAGCAGCCUGCUCUAGCAGCAACAUUUUUGGAUUGGUCGCGUAUUAGUUGGAAAUAAUUUGAUAACUUUUAAGUUAUCAAUGUCAACGGUAUGGUAUAUAUGGUCCAUUGCGGGCAUAUUAUUUUUAGUUGUUUAAGAUCUCUGUGUAAAUUCCUGUUUAUUGUUUGUUUGCUAAUGUAAGCUACGAAUAAACAAUUAAUAUUUUAUACA